AUGUCAGUCACCCUGCACACCACCCACGGCGACAUCAAAGUCGAGGUUUUCUGCGACGCCGUCCCCAAGGCCGCCGAGAACUUCUUGGCCCUCUGCGCCGCGGGCUACUUCGACAACACCCUAUGGCACCGUAACAUCAAGGGCUUCAUGAUCCAGACCGGCGACCCGACAGGGUCAGGCAAGGGUGGGCAGAGCAUCUGGGGCAAACCUUUCGCCGACGAGAUUCGCUCCACUCUCAAGUUCAACAACCGCGGCAUCCUCGCGAUGGCCAACUCCGGCCCAGACACGAACAAGUCCCAGUUCUUCAUCACCUACUUCAAGCAGCCACAUCUCGACGGCAAGUACACGAUAUUCGGCAAGGUGAUUGAUGGUGCGGACUCGACAUUGGACGCCAUGGAACGUGUGCCGGUCAAUCCGAAGAACAGGCCGCUCAGCGAGGUCCGCACGACGCACGUCACGAUCCACGCCAACCCCAUCGCCGAUGCCGAGCUCGCGGGACGAUGA